UCUCGUACUGCGUGGGAAGUGGGGUGAGCGACAGCGCUGGGAAGCUUGGUGGGAAUUGGCCUACAACCUGACGCAUCUGUUCCCGUCGUACCAUCAGAGACAUUCUGCGACCGAUUACCUGAUGUGGUCUGGAAGCUGGUUCGCAGAUGUGGCGGGAAGAUUGAUCGCACAGUUGACAAACACCCAGGGCUGGGCGUGCGAGGGAUGGUGUUCAAAGGGUUGUGAAGAGUCAAGACAGAUCGAGAUAUUCAAAUAUCCGGAGGAAGACCGGAUCGUACUUGAGCGUCUCACCAUACUGCGUAGUCCUCUUCCUGCGGAUAUUCUCGCGCUCACGUUGUCUCAGACCAAAGGCAUGCGGGCGCUCGAGCUGCUGGACGUUCAGAAACACUACCUUAUCGAUGGCAAUCUCGAGCUUGUGAAGCGGGGAUUGAAGAUGGCUACCUGCCUUGAGACGUUUGCUAUAAAGGUGGAGGGCGGCGUCGAGCAGGAAGGUCCACUGGAUGACGUGCUCACAAUCGUGCCGACGCUCAGACACCUCUCUAUGCAGGCCGAUCUACUAUCCCUGAAUUUCUUCGCUAUAUCAAGGACUUCAGAACUGCAGUCCAUCUUGAUCGGUUUUGCCACACGAUUACCGGUCCUCUUCCACGGCCGAGAAGCCCUCGAGACGCUCUGGUCGGAGGCUCAAGCAGAGACCAUAUACUCUCGAGCUCGGCAACAGGCGCAAUUGGUCUUUGCAGAAGGUACGACGUUUCAAGGGGCCGUCACCCAUCGUAUGACUCUGAACUCGACAAUGAUUUCGAUCAACGGCGCAGCCAACGCCAGGUCUUCGCCAGCCCCAAGUAUGGUUUUCAAUCAGCCACUCAUGCUGAGUUCAUCAUCGCCUCGGCCCGGGCCUUUCCUCACAACGAAUGACAUGGAAGGUUCAUCGCUCUCAUCGAUGCCCCAAUUGGGUCUCGAGUCUUGGUUAUUCAGGGAGCUAGGGAACCCCAACAGCGCCAUCUCCAAAGCGUCCCUCACCGGAGACGACGCCAUGGCCGUCUACGCGUCUUAUACACACCAUCCCCCGGUUUAGUCGUAGUCUUGCAAGACCGAUGUAUCUAAUCUCUACUUAUACCCAUCGAAGCUAGAAGUUGUAUGCCUUCGACUGCGCUUGUACAAAGUAGAACUUGUAGCAGCGUGCUUGAAAUCCUCUUGCACAGCAUCGGAAGCUUUUAGCUCUUCGGAAACAGAUCGCCCAUGUCCGAC